UUCACGAGACAAUUGGAACACGCUCUACUACAUCGUCUUUAUAGCAGACGACUUAUCAAAGUUUCCCAGCUAAAGGCAAAAGAAUAGUUGUUGUACGCUUUUCUACUGGACAUUCUUUAUGCAUUUUUGAGGAUUUGUGAAACUAGUAUUUUGAAGAAAACAAACUUUAUUGACAUAGUUUAUUCGUAGUAAACAAAGAUACACUGAAAUGUUUUGCUUUUAAAUUCGAAACAACGUUUUACUAAUAUUUUUCACGUGUAUUGACAAACUUUUGUGUUCGUUAACAUGCAUACAAUGACGGACACGUACAUCGAUGUUGAACGGCUCCCGGUAGAUGAGAGCGACAAACAGUUACACCAUGGUGAUCUCCAAUCUCGCAGUCCGAACUACAACCACCGACCUUUUAAUGACAGUGUGGAAAGCGAUUUAACAUCAGGAUCGGAAGAUGAUGAGAGACGGAGAGAAGAAGAAAUGAGACAUGGUUUAUCCAGAAGUAGCACACCAGAACAUCACUUGAAAUCAAUGCAAAAUAAAGAUUCUCCAUUGGAUGACAAAGAAAUUAGAAGAUACAGAACAGCCUUUUCAAGAGAGCAACUAGGCCGACUAGAGAAAGAAUUUCUUAAAGAGAAUUACGUUUCUCGACCUAAAAGAUGUGAAUUAGCAGCAUCAUUGAAUUUAUCUGAGAGCACAAUUAAGGUCUGGUUUCAAAAUCGCCGAAUGAAGGACAAACGCCAAAGAAUGGCCAUGGCCUGGCCGUAUGGGAUUGCUGAUCCCCAUCUCUACGCCUACCUAGCAGCCGCAGCCGCUUCUUAUCCCUACGCAAUGACAUCUCCAACUCCAUACAACUACUAUUCUGGCGUGGGAAUGCCACGAUCACCUAGCGGCAUAACUCCAAUGGGUUUACCAGGCGGAAUGAGACCGACAUUGGAAUCAAUGAACAAUUUAGCUAACUCGUAUCUCAGACCCCCAUCUUUACCAAUCCCUCACCCAAUUCAUCCACAGCCGACGAUGGGUUGCAAUUCCAGGUCACCAUUAGAGCCGAGCUCAGUUUUAAAUCACACUUCACCAUCCACAACUCCUAGUGAAUCAUGUGCUCCUACGUCAUUUUCUACAGUCCCCACGUCAAAUCCGACACCUGUUACUAAAAAUAGCAGCUCUAUUGCACCAAACGGACUAUUCAGACCAUUCCAAUCUGAAGUGGAACGAACAUAAAAUUGUUACAACCCUAACAGUAUUUAAUUAUUUUGUGAAUUUUGCUCAAAUUGUGGUGUUUCUCGUGUUAUUGUGUCAUAUGAACCGACGUUGUGACUAAAAAAACAUUCUUGUGUGAAAAACUAGAUAUACAGAAUUCCGUUGGGAAAAUGUUGAUAAGACUUUUUGUUGACAUUUAUUAGAAAUUUGAAAAUAUUUGAUAAUUUUUUCCCUAUUUUAGAAUUGUGAUAAUUAUUAUAGUGUUGAUUUGAUUCAUUCACUUCUUUCUUCAACCCAUUAAUUCAUCCAUACGAGGGAUUUUCUUCUUUCAUUCUUCCAUUUUCUUCCUUCGUCUAUCCCUCUAUUC